UUAAUAUAUAUAAAAAAUCAUUCUAAUAUAUUUCUUUCUCCAGAUCCUUUGCAAAGUUUCCACGAGAGGUGGGUCCACACGCUAACAAACAAUUGGUUCCACGCGUUCACAUUAUUGAGGUCGAACAGGUUACAGCUACCAAAGUCUUCCAAGUCAAGCGAUGUCCAUUAUUAUUUCCUCGAACAGUUCUUCUCUCUGUGCUAUUACUGUAACAAUCUCUUCCACAUUAUACCAUUCUCUGUUCCCAGUAAAUUACUUCUGAAGACCACAUACUCUUCUCUUGCCUGUGCUUUCUGCUCUUUUUUUCUGAUUACUGCUCAGGGAAAGGCAGCUCUUGCAGGGCAUCUUGAAUCCAGAUCCCUGUUCUUUACUGAUUGCUUAAGCGAACCAGUACCCAGACACUUGAAGAACCUCGUUUUGCUGCCAGAAACAUUCAGUUUUUUCCCUGAUUGCUUAAGCUAACCUGUAACCAGACAGAACCCUAUUUUUGCAGGUAAACUAUUUAUUUUGUUUUUUAUUGCUUGAUUCUUCCAUGUUGGUUGUUUCUUUUCUAAACCAUUCUUCUCUCUUAGAUCCCUGUUCUUUAUUGAUUGCUUAAGCGAACCAGUAACCAAACACUUGGAGAACCUCUUUUGGCUGCCAGAAACGUUCAGGAAAAAAUGGUUCGAUCAGAUGAUCCAUUUUGGAAUGAUGUAGAAGGUAUUGAUAAUGGUAGAAUGAAGUGUAAGUUUUGUGGGCAUCAAUUUGCCAAAGAUACUUCCAUUACGAGGAUCAAAUGGCAUUUGUCAGGAGUGAAAAGGCGUGGUGUUAAAAUUUGUAAUCAUGUUCCAGAAGAAGUUCAAGAUGCAGCCCGUGUAGCAAUUGAUGGCCCUCCAGAAAAAAAACUUAAGACUGCAGCAGGCUCAAGCAAUAACGAGGUCAGUAAUCCUAUUUCAGCUCCUGCGCAAGAACAGAACAAUGAAGUGAUGGCACAAGAAGGAGAUGCUCUUUUCGUUGGAGAGCGCGAACAGUGGCUGAGUAGCUUCACUGAUGAAGACAUUGAGCUUCUGAGAGGUAUCUUUCAUGAGGGAACAUCAAUUAAUCAAGCUGAUGAGCCUCGAGGAGAUUCAUCCCAGCCAACAGACCCAUUGUGUCUUGACCAUGGAAGAAAUUAUGAUCACCUCUAUGCUUCAUCAAUACACAAUGAUGUAAUUAUGAAUGAUGUGGAGAACAUGGUUAGAUUGAGGACAGAACCGGUGGAGGAGGACGUGGAGAACAAUCAUGGAAGAUCAGUGCAGCCUGACACAGGAGCUAGCUCUUCUGGAGGGGUUGCAUGCAACACAAAUGAGAUUAAAGGAGAUGCACUACCAACGGGAAAAAUGGUGGGUCAAGCAUUCGAAGAACGUAAGAAGACUAUCUCAUCUUUUUUGAUGCGCAAUGAAGUUUCAAGUAUUGGCAUCUAUGGGAUGGGCGGAGUGGGAAAGACGACCUUGGUGAAACAUAUACAUAACCAGCUUCAAGAAAGACGAGACACUCAUGUUUACUGGAUUACUGUUUCACAAGAUACCAGCAUUAAUAGAUUGCAGACAAGUCUCGCAAGACAAAUUGGUUUAGAUCUUUCCAGUGAAGAUGAGGAGCUGCAUAGAGCGGCUGCGUUGAAAGAAGAAUUAAAGAAGAAACAGAAAUGGGUUCUGAUUUUAGAUGAUUUGUGGGAGGCUUUUGACCUACAAAAGCUGGGAGUUCCUGACCAAGUUCAGGGAUGCGAGCUGAUUCUUACAACUCGAUCAGUCAUGGUUUGUCAACAGAUGAAAACCCAACACACAAUCAAAGUGCAGUCUAUUUCAGAUGAAGAAGCUUGGACCUUGUUUACUGAGAGACUUGGACAUGACAUAGCACUUUCUCCAGAAGUGGAACGAAUUGCUGUGGAUGUUGUAAGGGAAUGUGCUGGUAUUCCAUUGAAAAUUAUUACAAUGGCAGGAAGCAUGAGGGGAGUGGAUGACCCAUAUGAGUGGAUGAAUACAUUGAAAAAAUUGAAAGAAACAAAAUAUAGGAAAAUGGAAGAUGUAUUCGGGAUGCUGAGGAUUAGUUAUGAUCGGUUGGAUAAUGAUUUAGCACUACAACAAUGUCUUCUAUACUAUGCAUUAUUUCCAGAAGAUGAUGAGAUUGCAAGGGAGGAUUUGAUAGGUUAUUUGAUCGAUGAGGGAAUAAUUGAAGAAAUGAGGAGCAGGCAAGCAGCAUUUGACGAGGGCCACACAAUGCUUGAUAAACUUGAAAAUGUUUACUUAUUAGAAACUUCUAAAAAUGAGGAUGAUUGUAGAUGUGUCAAGAUGCAUGACUUGAUUAGGGACAUGGCCCACCAAAUACUCCAAACUAACUCUCUAGUCAUGGUUGGGGAUUUUCGUGGAGGAUUACCAGAUGUGGAUAUGUGGAAAGAGGAUCUAGUGAGAGUCUCUCUGAUAGGUUGUUAUUUCGUGGAAAUUCCUUCUAGUCAUUCACCAAGAUGUCCCAAUCUUUCAACUCUAUUGCUAUGUGAUAAUGAAGGGUUGCGAUUUAUUGCAGAUUCUUUUUUCACACAACUGCAUGGGCUCAAGGUUCUUGAUUUGUCUCGUACAGAUAUCACAGAAUUGCCUGAUUCUAUCUGUGAACUGGUGAGUCUCACUGCAUUAUUGCUCAAAGAAUGCAUAAAUUUAAGGCAUGUACCAUCAUUAGAAAAGCUCAGAGCACUGAAGAGGUUAGAUCUCUCUGGUACUUGGGCACUUGAAAAGAUGCCUCAAGGCAUGCAAUGUCUUUCCAACCUGAGGUAUCUAAGGAUGAACGGAUGUGGUGAAAAGGAGUUUCCUAGUGGGAUAUUACCAAAACUCUCUCACCUGCAAGUCCUCAUAUUAGAGAAGAUUUAUCGUCCAGUAACAGUUAAAGGAAAGGAAGUAGGAUGCUUGAGGGAGUUGGAAAAUUUAGAAUGUCAUUUUAAAGGUCAAUCUGACUUUGUGGAGUAUCUCGAUUCUCGGGAUAAGACUCGAUCACUAGGUACAUACUGUAUUUCUGUAGGACUAAGGGAUGGAGAUGAUUAUAGUGAAAUAGAAUAUUAUAGUGAAAGUAAAACAGUGAGGUUAAGUAAUUUGUGUAACAAUGGAGAUGGAGAUUUUCAAGUCAUGUUCCCAAACGACAUUCAACAACUGGUUAUUUUUAAAAGCUCAUGUGAUGUUUCCUCUCUAAUAGAGCAUUCAAUAGAACUGGAGGUCAUCCACAUUGAGGAUUGCAAUAGCAUGGAGAGCUUGAUUUCAUCUUCUUGGUUCUACCCUUCCCCAACACCAUUGCCAUCUUAUAAUGGUGUAUUUUCUGGUCUUAAAAAGUUCAAUUGCUCUGGAUGUAGUAGUAUGAAGAAGUUGUUCCCUCUUGUCUUGCUACCAUACCUUGUAAACCUAGAAAAGAUUACAGUUAGAGAUUGUGAGGAAAUGGAGGAGAUAAUAGGUGGAACUAGAUCAGAUGAAGAAAGCAGCAGCAUCAACAACACCGAAUUCAAACUCCCAGAGUUAAGAGAACUGGAAUUGGAAGAUUUACCAGAACUGAAAAGCAUUUGUAGUGCAAAACUGAUUUGCGAUUCUCUCCAAGUAAUUCAAGUGAUAAAUUGUUGGAAGUUGAAGAAGAUGCCAAUAUGUCUUCCAUUGCUUGAAAAUGGCCAGCCAUCUCCCCCCCCCCCUUCUCUUAAAAGAAUCCAUAUAGAUUCAGAAGAAUGGUGGGAGUCAGUAGUGGAGUGGGAGCAUCCUAAAGCUAAGAAUGUCCUUCGUCCCUUUGUAUGGUGUUGAAUUACUGCGGACAGGUGCCUAAAGAUGUCCAAGAUGCAGCCCUUGCAGCAAUUGAUGGUCCUUCAGAAAAGAGAAAAAAAACUUAAAACGGUAGCAGGCUCAAGCAAUGACGAGGUCACUAAUGCAAUUUCAGCUUCUGCGCAAGAACAGAACAAUGCAGUGAUGGCACAACAAGAAGAUGUUCUUUCCUUUGGAGCGUCUAGACAUUGGUUGAGUAGCAUCACUGAUGAAGAGAUUGAACUUCUGAUAGGUAGCUUUCAUGAGAGGCCAUCAAUUAAUCAAGCUGAGGAACCUCGAGGAGAUUCAUCCCAGCCAACGGAUCCAUUGUGUCUUGGCCAUGCGAGAUAUUAUGAUCAACUAUGUAUGGUUUUAGCCAUUAGUACUAGCGGUUGUGGAGGAGGAGUAAAUGCGUUUUGAUGUAUGGUUUUUCGUCAAGUCGAAGACUACCAUAAAACCUGAAAACUUGACUGCCUUUUAGCUUGUUUUUUUUCUUGUACACAGUUUCAAACAUACAGGGCUGUCGUCCAUUUUAGUUGUGCUCUCACAUUUAUGACCAUAUAUGUUCAUGAUGGCUUCGAUCAAUAUCAUCUCCCAAUUAAACUUGACUUCUAGUUCA